AUGACGGCGAAGACACCGCCCCCUGUCGCCAAAGAUGUCAACCCUAGCGGUGAAGACACCCUCGCUAGCGGUAAAUAUUCAAACUCUGGCAGCGAGACAACUGCAAAAGAACUAAUGAAGAUGUUUCUCGAUGAGGUACGGGACUCACUCCACCAAGCUUGCACGCUUGCAAAAGCACCCGAUCCCAUCUUGCCCAGCAUUGUGGAACACUUGAAUCAAGCGGUUUCGCGCGUGCGAAUGCUGGAAUCGGUCUACUUACGGACGGUCCACGAGUGUCACCAAGAACAGCAAGAAUUGAGGAAUACUUGGGAACACUCAAAGGAAAAGACCAAGCUAGAAGCGAGAUUCGAGGUUGUAGUGACAAAUCAUAAUCUUGAGCUUGACCGCGCAGAACAAUCGGCAAUCGAGACGAAGCGUGUUGUAAGGGACAAUGACGACCUGAAGGCCGCCAAGAAAGAUCUAGAAACGAAACUCGAGGACCAGAAGAACGCCACGAUACGAGCGGGAGAUGCGAGAGACGUCCUUGUAAAGAAAAAUAUGGACCUGGAACGAGAACUUGCGCGUUUGCGAGUGGCUUAUCCCGCUCAGCAGGAAGCCGCAAGACAAGCGCAAUGUGAGAAAGACGCCGCUUUAGAGAAAGUCGUCGAUCUGACAGAGCAACUCGAGGCUUGA